CUCUUUCUAUAUAUAUAAUAUUAGUGGUCAAAGAGAUAGAUAGGAAGAGAGAGAGAAUGCGAUGUUAUGUUUUAUAUAUAAAGUGAGCGUGUUUUGUACAGUGAUGUUAGUGUAAAGUGUAAACGAACCCGAAGACAAAGCCGGCUGCGUAACGAGUGCGUUCCACUGCCACCAAUCCCAUUUUCAUGUUCUUUUUUCUCUCUUUCUCACAUCACCAGCAAGCAAUUUCUCUCUAGCUUGCCCAAGAGAGUUCUUUUGAUCUGUUUAUAUUUAUAGAUAUUGGUGUUUCCAUUACUUGGAUUCCUUUACUUUGUUCUUUGACUCUUGGGAUUGGAGAAAGGAAGCGAUACCCACCACAGUUCUUUUGGUUUUUGUGAUGAGAUUUUUAUGAAGGGAAAUAAAGAUUUGAUUUUUAAGAGUAUGGGAUUCUGAUCGAACUUUGUUUUAUGCAUCUGUGAUUUGAGGAGAGGGUUUGGAGAGCAGGAAAAUUUUUUCUUUUUAAUUGAUUUGUAGAAGAUGGGUUGUUUUCCUUGUUUCGAUUCAAGGGAAGAAGAAACUCUGAAUCCACAGAAGGAAUCUGAUGAUCGAAAACAGAGCUUGCCAACUGAAGCUUCUAAUAUUUCCAAAUUAUCGUCCGGAGCCGAUAGACUCAGAUCAAGAACUAAUGGAAGGUCAAAAAGAGAAUUCCCAAUUCCAAAGGAUGCACCUGGGGUCAAUAUUGCGGCUCAAAUAUUUACCUUUCGGGAGCUUGCAGCUGCAACAAAGAAUUUUAGGCCAGAGUCCUUAUUGGGAGAAGGAGGAUUUGGGCGUGUAUAUAAAGGGCGCCUUGAGAGCACUGGUCAGGUUGUUGCUGUUAAACAAUUGGAUAGAAAUGGCCUCCAGGGUAAUAGGGAAUUUCUGGUUGAGGUUCUCAUGCUCAGCCUUUUACAUCACCCUAACCUUGUGAAUCUAAUUGGCUAUUGUGCUGAUGGCGAUCAAAGGCUUCUUGUCUAUGAGUUUAUGCCUAUGGGAUCGUUGGAAGAUCACCUUCACGAUCUCCCACCUGAAAAGGAACCACUUGAUUGGAACACAAGGAUGAGGAUAGCAGCGGGUGCUGCCAAAGGUUUGGAAUACCUGCAUGAUAAAGCAAGUCCCCCUGUUAUUUACAGGGAUUUCAAGUCAUCCAACAUAUUACUUGAUGAAGGGUUUCACCCAAAACUUUCUGAUUUUGGACUUGCAAAACUUGGUCCCACUGGAGACAAGUCACAUGUAUCCACCAGAGUUAUGGGCACUUAUGGUUAUUGUGCUCCUGAAUAUGCCAUGACUGGACAAUUGACUGUGAAAUCUGAUGUUUACAGUUUUGGAGUAGUUUUCUUGGAGCUCAUUACUGGACGGAAAGCCAUUGACAGUACUCGACCACACGGGGAACAGAACCUUGUCACAUGGGCUCGUCCACUAUUCAAUGAUCGUAGGAAAUUUUCGAAAUUGGCAGAUCCACUAUUGCAGGGUCGGUAUCCGAUGAGGGGACUUUACCAGGCUCUAGCAGUGGCUUCCAUGUGCAUCCAGGAACAGGCUGCUGCACGCCCUCUCAUUGGGGAUGUGGUAACUGCUCUCUCUUAUUUGGCAAACCAGGCAUAUGAAACUCGGGGUUCUGGUGAUAAGGAUGAUAAAAGACACAGAGAUGAGAGAGGUGGACAGUUAUCAAAGAGCGAAGAAGGGGGAGGAUCUGGUUGUAGAUGGGACUUGGAUGGGUCGGAAAAAGAGGAUUCCCCAAGAGAAACGGCAAGAAUGUUAAACAGGGAUUUAGAUAGAGAACGAGCUGUUGCAGAGGCAAAGAUGUGGGGUGAGAACUGGCGAGAAAAAAGGCGACAAAGUGCUCAAGGUAGUUUUGAUGGCAGUAAUGGGUAGUAUUCUGGCCAUCAUUUCUCCAUCUUCUCUUCUUUCCUGACUUUGCCACCGGACUUGCGGGGUGAGGUGGGAAAGCAUCAGAAGCUAAGCUUUGAGCUGGUCUGCCAACAUGUUCUUAACUUUCUCUUUUAAAUUUUUUACUCACUUUUUUAGAGUUCUCUUUUUGUUGAAACGUAGAGCAAGAAGAUGAUUAUGAAGAAGAAAAACAUAAUUGAGUGUACAUUAUCUGCCAAGAGAGCAAGAUAAGAACAAGACAUUUAGAAAAAAGAAAAACAAAAUUUUGAGUUACAAAGCCUGGGUCAUGUUCUUCUUUGCUCUUGUGUAGGUUUCUUUUGAGCAAUAACAUUUCUGCUGUCUGUACUUUGUAAUCUUGCUGAAUGGCAUUUUACCAACUAAUUUCUGUGUAAUCUUACUCAAUGAAUUUAAGCUACUCAUCUUGUUCUAAUAAUGAAUUGAAGCUUAUAAUUUUGAAUUC